AUGUCUUCGAAAGAUCAGCCACAGCAGAAUACUACUACCACUUCGCAGAUACCGUCUAUCCUCAAAGCCGUAGCCACUCUUGUAGCCAUCGUAGCUGUCAUUCUGGCUUUCUACAGUCCAUUGCGAACAGCUUUAAGCAAGCAGAUCCCAAGGCUUUCGAAGCUCUCACCUGCAGUAUCUUCGACGGCGAACCGAACGAUGACGACCCACGGACCGGCACCACCUCUCAAAGUUGUCAAGCGACCAUGGAAUGAACGCGGUCACGCUGAUCAUGGCUGGCUAUACACCUACCACACCUUCUCCUUCGCCUCUUACUACCAGCCUGAGUUCGAGGAGUUCGGCCCACUACGAGUCAUCAAUGAGGACCGAGUAGAGAAAGGCACAGGUUUCGGCACCCACAGCCAUGCCGAGUUCCUGAUCUGGUCCUAUAUCGUCAACGGAGAGCUAGAGCACAAGGACUCGAUGGGCAAUCUGGAGAACCUGAGACGAGGCGAAGUCCAGUUCACGAGUGCAGGGACAGGCAUCAGACAUAGCGAGUACAACCGCAACAAAAAGGAGGACGUGCACUUCCUGCAGAUUUGGGCCAAGCCGAACGUCAAGGGUCUGAAUCCUAGUUACAAGACUCGCAAGUUUACAGACGAGAUGAAGACGGAUAAGCUGCUGCGGAUCAUGGAGUCGGUGGAUCGACAUAGUGGGAAGGAUGAGGAGACGGAGGCGAUUCCCAUGCGUGCGGAUCUGAGCAUGAGUGCUUCGGUCUUGGGGCCGGGAAAGAGCGUGCAGCAUGAGCUUGUGAGGGACGGGGAGAGGAAGGUGUAUUUGCACGUGAUUAUGAGUGAUCGGACGCAGCCGAAGGCUGGUGGUGCGAAGAUUAAGGUGCAGGGUGUGGAGCUUGGAGAGGGUGAUGGGGCUUUUGUGACGGGUGCCAAGGGGCCUGGGAAGGUGGAGGUGGAGAGUGUGGGUGACAAGCCGGCUGAGUUCUUGUUGUUUGAUAUGGCUUAG